UGUGAUAAAACUGAUAAUUUCCGUGUUUUCAUGUCCUUUAUUUUUUAUUAUUUUAUUUCUCAAUUCCGAAUGAACUGAAAUUCUACGUUGGUCGUAUAUUCAAUCUAUUUUGUGAUGAUUAUAUUUUAUCGCGAAGCAUCUGCUAAAUAAAUAACCUACAAAACUUCAAGAUGGUAAUGUUGGAUUUCGAAUUCAAAAUACCUCUCAAAAGGGAAGAUUUGAGAUCUACAGAUUCUGUAAAUCAAUAUGUGGUAUCUGUACUGUACGAAAUCAACGAUCUCAAGAUCAAAAUCGAAGAAUGUAAACUCUGCGCCAGUGAAAUUGGAUGUGACUUCAUUCUGGAAUAUUUCCCUACACUGUUCUCCACAUUAUACCGUUUUAAUGACCUGGAUUUCAAAAUUUUACGAUCUUUCUACGACGAUGUCAUAGUUAAACAGUCCAAGUUGCUGUACAACAAUCUCAGUAGUAUUCUAGUGGAAGAAGAAAUAGAUUCGGAGUUACGGCUCAAAAUGUUGAAUAUUACUAAAAUGUUAUUAUACAUCAUCAUCGAAUUGAUGAAAUCUUUCCAAGAGAAAAUUGAUAAAACCUAUAGUUUGGUGCUGAACGAAAAACGGAAAAAGAACACUAAAAUGAUGAAGCUGAAGGAAGAUCAUAAUUGGGAUUGGGAAGUGAACGAACGUGAAAUUUUAACGAAUAUCAAUAAUAUUAUAAAAUUACCUCUACAGCAAUUAUGGGAUCCUCCAAUGGUUGAAGAAGACUUUGUCAGGAUGAUUGCUGAUUCUUGUUAUUUCGUGUUGGAGAAACCUGCUGUUACUUCUGCGUCGAUGAAGCCAACUCGUGAUAUAAUCAACGAAAUUCUAGGCAUCCUUAUUAAACAAUAUAAUAAUGGAAUCAGUUGUAAAGUUAAAAUAGUUCAACUACUAAAACUGUACGACCAUCUAGACAGCACUUUAGCCCAAACGGUGGUUCUUAUAGUAGAAAAAUUCAACUGUCGCUCUCUAAUAAAAGAACUGAUCGUAGAAAUCAUAGAAACUGAAAGUGAAAUCGAUACGUAUACGCCGGAUAGCUCGAGCUCAAAAUCGUUUUCAAAUUUCAUUAUUGAAGUAGCCAAGCAACAGCCAGCGCUUAUUCUGCCUUGUAUAAAUUUACUCGUUCAAAGUCUCGGCUACGAUCCCUACAGCAUGCGGAUUUGUACGCUGACGGUAAUGGCGGAGAUUAUUAUUAGUGUUCUGCAUCCGGAAGGCGAACAAUUGACUGAGGAGAAUAAAAAAAUACGCGAUAAUUUCAUGGAUCAUUUAUUAGAUCAUAUUAUCGAUUUGAAUACAUUCGUUCGAUCUAGAGCAUUAAAAUUAUGGCUUUCUAUUUACAAACAAAAAGCUGUGCCAACGAGUUACAUUAUACCUCUAUUGGAAGAAGCUAUGAGUAGACUGCAAGACAAAAGCAGUAAUGUCGUUAAAAAUGCAAUUCAAUUGAUUACAGCGAUGUUGGAAGAUAAUUUAUACGGUGCACUGCUUGAUGUUGAAAGUGUUAAACAAAAUUUAAGAGCUGUUAAAUUGAAAUCGAUUCAAACUGAGCUGGAGAAGAAUCAGCCAUCUGCGUUUAAAAUUUGGUUUUAUACCAGAUCUGAUAUCUCGGAUUAUAUCGCUGAACAAAUAACAGCUACAGAUGAUAAAGCCGAUGAAAGCAGAAAAUCUAUAGAUUCGUGUUCAGAAUCAGAAAACGAAGAAGAUUCGGAGGAAAGUUCACCUCAAGAUUCUGUAAAUAAUUUUUCUAAAAAAUUAUCCGAAUUGAGAAAGUUCAUUCUGAAACAAGAUAAGCAGAAUAUUUUUACAUUGUUGAAAGAAUUUGAAUCGGAAAAUAUCAACAAACUUAGUUUACUCAAAUCACACGCUGAUAAAGUUCAAUAUUACGAAUGGAUAUUAGGUAGUUUAUGCAGAACUGGAGUCGAUCCCCAGCAAGAAAUUAUUCCAAUUUUCGCUCGCUGUAAGAAAUCAAGAGAUGUUAAAGAAGUCCUCUGUGAACCGGUUAAAGUUGAAGAUCUCGAAGAUACCGAAUUUAGCAACGAUAAAGCUAUUCUCACCUAUUGCGAAGAUUUUCUUCGUUUCGUUGAAACGAUGAGUAAAGCUACCAAGAUACUUGGUGAAUUGAUGAUGACCCGGUCAUCAGCCGAAGUAUUCGAAGCAAUUGAAUUUUUCAAAGUAGCUCAUCAAUUUGAACUCGCCGGUGCCGAUGAAGGUGUUAGAAAUAUGUUAUUAUUGAUUAACUCCAAGGAAGUUGGUUUCAAAGAUGCUGUGAAAAAUACAUUUAAAGCGUUAUACUUGGACUAUGAAGAUGAAUCGAAGCACAAUGCUGCUCUUAAAGCUGUUGAAAAAUUAACAUCGUUGCUGAAAAAAGUCACUCAUGAGCAGAAAUACGCUUUAGAAAAUUUAAUCAAAGAGUGGGUCACGAAUGAUUACAUAGGACGCGAAUUUAUAUUGAUUUUAUGGGAUAAAUAUGCCAGAAAAUCGCCAAAUAUCAGCGUCGAAGAUAGUACCGCUGCUGCUGUGUUAAUUUCGAUGUAUGCCAGUGCAAAACCUGAAAUUAUCAAAACCAACAUGGAGAUGCUUAUCAAUUACGGUCUGGACAUAGCUAAUAAAAAUAAUUAUUCGUUUCUAAAACAAACUUGCAUCAUGUUCCACGCAUUGUUCGGAUUAAAGAACGAAAAAGGAGUUUUAAUCAAGCACGCCCAGGAUUCUGAUUUGUUUCAAAAGUUGACUUUCAUUAUUCAAGAAGAAUUUACAAAUUUGGAUAAUGGACAGUAUCCGGAGAUCGCUAUGGAAGCUAUUACCAUUAUUUAUCGACUAUCGGAAUUCCCGGACACUACAUGCGGUAAUAUUUUGAAAUGGCUUCAUAAAAAAAUCUCUACAGAAAAAGUUGACGAUUCCAGUGAGAUAGUUUGUAAGGAAGAAGUUUUAGCUCGAUUUCUCCUUAUUAUUGGUCACGUAGCAUUUUGUCAAUGGCAGUACUUGGAAAAUGACGUGCUUAAUGAAUUGAAACAGCGUCGCAUGGCAGAAAAUAAACCCAAAGAGAAAAAACCGGAAAAGAAAAGUAAAAGUAAAUCCAGCUCCAACUCGACCCUGCAAAAAAGUGUCAACGAAAACGUUACAACAAGCGAUCAAUUCGAAGAUGAUUCCCAAGCACUGGCUAACGAACAAAUUGCCGAAUCUGUGAGAAUCGUAUGCGAAGAAGAGUUACUCUUUAAAAAUACUGUGCUAGCGAAAUUGAGCUCGAUUGUCUUGUAUGUUUGCAAACAUCCGAAAAAAUAUAACAAUACUCGUCUGAAAUCAGCUGCGUCCUUAGCCUUAUCUAAGCUUAUGAUGAUAUCUUCGGAAUUUUGUUCCGAAAAUAUUCAGCUUUUUGUUACUUUGUUGGAAAGAAGCGAAGAACCCGACGUGAAAAUCAAUUUAAUUGUGGCUUUCGGUGAUUUAAUGUUCAGGUUUCCGAAUACAAUCGAUGUGUGGACAAGUUAUUUCUAUAAUAGGUUGAAAGAUGAAUCUGCAAAAGUACGACAUACGACAUUAAUUAUAAUAUCGCAUUUGAUUACCAACGAAAUGAUUAAAGUUAGGGGUCAGAUGUCUGAUGUUGCAUUAUGUUUAGUGGAUUCGGAUAGAGCGGUCAAAAAUUUGGCUAUAAAAUUAUUCUACGAAAUUAGCGUGAAAGGUAACACGUUGUACAACGUUAUGGCCGAUAUAAUAUCCAGAUUAUCCCACCCGGAUCAUCGACCCAACGAACAAACUUUCCAAAUAAUUCUAAAGGUUUUAAUGAAAUUAAUCACAAAGGAUCGUCACAUCGAUUCAAUCGUUGAAAAAUUAUGCCAACGGUUACGAGGAGCGGUCGACGAACGUCAAUGCGAAGAUUUAUCAUACUGUCUCACUCUAGUUACCUAUUCGGAGCGUUCGUUUCAAAAACUACUCGACAAUAUCGUAUGUUACGCUGAUAAGCUGAAUUAUGCCAAAGUGCACCGCAAUUUCAUCACAAUCAUCAUUAAUUGUAAAAAAGUCAAGGCUAGCAAAAUCAUCGAUGCUGUAUUGGAACUGGAGAAUAAAAUUUCCAUCAUCCUUACCAAAGGAAUCGAUAAUCUAGAAGCAGAUUUUCUCAAACCUCCUAAAACACCUGGAAAAGUUACCAAAACACCGACGCAGACUCCUAAAAAUGCUAAAACACCUCAGACUGUCGCAUCUGCCAGGAAGUCUAGAGUGAGGAAGGUUCGAAAAGCAAUCGAUUUUGAUAGCGAUGAUGGCGAAUGAAAUGGAUCGCAGGUUAAUUCAAUUGAGAACCUCGAGAUAUCCAUUCUCUUGAGAACUGGUAUUCGUUUUUGAAUUUGUGUAUUUUAGGAAUGUUGUUCAUAAUAUUUAUUUAUUUAAUUAAUUAAUACCUACUGCCAAUUUGUUAGGUAUAGGUGAAAUUUUGUAAGUUUUGUAAAAUUAAAUUUUAUUUAUUUUUUCAGACGAUAAAUUUUUACCAUUUUUA